ACCACGUUUCCACAGAGGGAGACAUAGCAGAUGUCAAGUCAUGGGUGGCAGGAGGGCCCUGGAGGGUCAGGGAAGACAGAACCUUUAGCUCAGCCCCAGGAAGGGGAGGCUGCAGCGGAAGGGAAGGUGUUUGGGAACCGAGUGAAAUAUUUGCAUUCGUAACAGGGCUGGGAGGAGGAAGAGAGAAAAGGGGGGGGGGAGAGAGAGAUGAAAGGAAAUUACCAUACAUCAGGAUCUUGUUAUUCAACCUAAUUUUCAAAGGGGCACAGCUGUCGUGCUGAGAUAAUCUGUUAAUUAUAACAGCCAUUGUGCUUUGGCAAUGGGAGAGAAACCGAGGCUGGGUACAGUCUUGAAGGCUGGGGUGGGAAAUAGCCUUUGAGGGUCUGGGACCUCAGAGAGGGGUCAAGGAGAAAGGCAGAGUGGGGCACUGGGCUCUCAGGACCAGAGGGAAGAGCAGGUCAGGGACCAGGCCUCAGCCUCUGCAUGGCCACUGUCAGCUUGGAGGUGAUGAGGGCUACUGCUUGCCAGCUGGCGCUAUGCUUCGGGGGCCAGUCUCCAGAACCCUCCGGAGCAGUUAACUUUAUUGAGCAGUUACUAUGUGCCAGUCCCUGCUCCCUCUAGUGAGAGCCCUUUCUGUCUCAUUUCCUCAGAAGAGGAAACAACCAGGAGGGUAGCUUGCCGGGACCUUUGAGUGACAUAGCUGGCAGGACCCCAGGUGAUCUGAGUAUGACCCUGAACUUCCAGGAUAGACUGAAAGACAGGACCCUCUGAGUGGGUAGACACAGGAGCUUCCAUGGUUUAAGGCGUGUCAUCACCGUGGUCACGGGUGGCCCUCCCCCAGAGGCAUUUCCGGGGCCCUGGGUGCGGACAGAGCCUCCUUGUUCUCUGCGCUGCAGCUGCAGGCCCCCCCUGCCCCACCCCCACCCCCAGCGGCCUCCAAGGCAGCCUUCAGUCUGGCCCCUAAUCCUCAGAGCAACUACCAUCAGGGCCAGGAGAGGGCGUUCCAUACCAUCUCAGGUGGCACCCAUGCUGGCUUUUGUGACCACCUGCUUGGAGGAACAGAUGGGCUCCUUCCUGUCUCCGUCUUGCUCACCAUCCCUCAGCGCUGCACUCUUGGCUCCUGUGGGAACUGCCUGAAGAUCUGAGCCUGGGAAUCCAAGGGGAAGGAGGAGGAAGAAGGGGAAGAGGAAGUGUGAACACCUGCAUACCUUUCCAGCAGGAACUUGGAGUCACCACACACCCAGUGCCUGCUUGUAGCCCUUGUGAACUGCAGGUGCCAGCAGCGUCCAUCUUGCCCAGGGCCCCUGUGCCGGAGGUUAUUCCCAAGAUGGUGGCAGCUCCGGGAAGGACUGUGCCACCAGCCCGAGCCUCUGGCUUCUAGAUCCUUCUGUGCUUCUGGCCCUUCACCCCCCAGUGGGGCCUGUUAGGGGCUGAAGCCUGGGCCAUGCUGCGCCUGGGGCUGUGCGCGGCAGCGCUGUUGUGCGUGUGCCAGCCGGGUGCUGUGCACGCUGACUGCUGGCUCAUCGAGGGGGACAAGGGCUAUGUGUGGCUGGCUAUCUGCAGCCAGAACCAGCCACCAUAUGAGACCAUCCCCCAGCACAUUAAUAGCACUGUGCAUGACCUGCGGCUCAACGAAAACAAGCUCAAGGCUGUACUCUAUUCCUCGCUCAGUCGCUUCGGGAACCUUACAGACCUCAACCUCACCAAGAAUGAGAUUUCCUAUAUCGAGGACGGUGCCUUCCUGGGCCAGACGAGCCUGCAGGUCCUGCAGCUGGGCUACAACCGGCUCAGCAACCUGACUGAGGGCAUGCUGCGCGGCAUGAGCCGCCUGCAGUUCCUCUUUGUCCAGCACAACCUCAUCGAGGUGGUGACACCGGCCGCCUUCUCUGAGUGCCCCAGCCUCAUCAGCAUCGACCUGUCCUCCAACCGCCUCAGCCGUCUUGAUGGCGCCACUUUUGCCAGCCUCGCCAGCCUGAUGGUGUGUGAGCUGGCCGGCAACCCCUUCAACUGUGAGUGUGACCUCUUUGGCUUCCUGGCCUGGCUUGUGGUCUUCAACAAUGUCACAAAGAACUAUGACCGUCUGCAGUGUGAGUCACCGAGGGAGUUUGCUGGUUACCCGCUGCUCGUGCCCCGACCUUACCACAGCCUCAAUGCCAUUACCGUCCUGCAGGCCAAGUGCCGCAAUGGCUCGAUGCCUGCUCGGCCUGUGAGUCACCCCACACCCUAUUCCACGGAUACCCAGAGGGAGCCUGAUGAGAAUUCCGGCUUCAAUCCUGAUGAGAUCCUCUCGGUGGAGCCACCGGCCUCGUCUACCACGGAUGCAUCUGCAGGACCAGCCAUCAAGCUGCACCAAGUCACCUUCACCUCGGCCACCUUGGUUGUCAUCAUCCCUCACCCUUACAGCAAGAUGUACGUGCUGGUCCAGUACAACAACAGUUACUUCUCUGAUGUCAUGACGCUCAAGAACAAGAAAGAGAUCGUGACGCUGGACAAGCUGCGGUCGCACACCGAGUACACCUUCUGUGUCACCUCGCUGCGCAACAGCCGCCGCUUCAACCACACCUGUCUGACCUUCACCACUCGGGACCCUGUGCCUGGGGACCUGGCCCCCAGCACCUCCACCACCACGCACUACAUCAUGACCAUCCUGGGCUGUCUGUUCGGCAUGGUCAUUGUGCUGGGGGCUGUCUACUACUGCCUGCGCAAGCGGCGCAUGCGAGAGGAGAAGCAAAAGUCUGUCAAUGUUAAGAAGACUAUCUUAGAGAUGCGUUAUGGCGCUGAUGUGGAUGCCGGUUCAAUUGUGCACGCUGCACAGAAGCUGGGCGAGCCCCCUGUACUGCCUGUGGCCCGCAUGUCUUCUAUUCCCUCUAUCAUUGGGGAGAAGUUGCCCGCUUCUAAGGGGAUGGAGGCUGGGCUAGAUACACCCAAGGUGGCUACCAAAGGCAACUAUAUUGAGGUGCGUACCGGUGCUGCAGGGGACAGCCUGGCCCGGCCUGAGGAUGAUCUCCCGGACAUCGAAAACGGCCAGGGCUCAGCUGCCGAGAUCUCUACCAUUGCCAAGGAAGUGGACAAGGUCAACCAGAUCAUUAACAAUUGCAUCGAUGCACUCAAGCUGGACUCGGCCUCUUUCCUAGGAGGUGGCAGUGGUGGUGGGGACUCUGAUUUGGCUUUCGAGUGCCAGUCCCUCCCAGCAGCUACUGCUGCCUCUUCAGCUGCCACUCCUGGGGCGCUAGAGCGGCCCAGCUUUCUGUCGCCCCCCUACAAGGAGAGCUCCCACCAUCCGCUGCAGCGCCAGCUGAGUGCUGAUGCUGCCGUGACCCGGAAGACCUGCAGUGUGUCAUCUAGUGGCUCCAUCAAAAGCGCCAAGGUCUUUAGCCUGGACGUGCCCGACCACCCAACCACCACGGGACUGGCCAAGGGCGACUCCAAGUACAUCGAGAAAGGCAGCCCCCUGAACAGCCCACUGGACCGGCUUCCACUGGUGCCCACGGGCAGCAGUGGUAGCAGUGGUGGGGGUGGUGGCAUUCACCAUCUGGAGGUGAAGCCAGCCUACCACUGCAGUGAGCACCGGCACAGCUUCCCAGCUCUCUAUUACGAGGAGGGUGCCGACAGCCUGAGCCAGCGUGUGUCCUUCCUCAAGCCACUGACCCGCUCCAAGCGUGACUCCACCUAUUCGCAGCUCUCCCCUAGACAUUACUACUCAGGGUAUUCCUCCAGCCCUGAGUACUCGUCCGAGAGCACACAUAAGAUCUGGGAGCGCUUCCGACCCUACAAGAAACACCAUCGUGAGGAGGUAUACAUGGCUGCUGGCCAUGCCCUGCGUAAGAAGGUCCAGUUCGCCAAGGAUGAGGACCUGCAUGACAUCCUUGAUUACUGGAAGGGGGUCUCAGCCCAGCAGAAGCUGUGACCCUCUCCUCCCCCACCGGUGAGGUGACGGGGAGGGCAGGGGCACUCGGGGGAAGGGCGCCCCCCCAGGGUGGCCGGGAGGCGGGGGACAGGCCAAGGAGUCCGGGCCGAGGGGCCCGGGCCUAGGAGUGGACGUACACACACACCCCCACACACGCACCCACACACACACUUGACCACCACCUGACUGUGAAGCAACCAACACCCAACAAUAACGGACAGGAAAACAAGCAUUUUCCUUAAAGUUUACAACCUGCUACCGAAACCAGUUGUUUCUACUGUGCUGCCCAAGGGACUCGCUGGGCUGGGGAAAGAGGCCAGAGAGGGUGUGGGGCCUGGGACUCAGAUGGGUUUGGAGGCAAAAGAGAUUGGGGUAGAAGCAAACCAUGGCCCUCUUGUUCAGGAAGGGUAUCCUCCAAGCUGGGGGACAUUUCCCUUGGAGACUGGGCAACAUGUGGACAUUGGGCAUCCUCUCCUCCCACCUUAUGGAUGGUUCAGAGAGAGGAAAAGAAGCCCCAGGGGUCUCACCCAAAAGGUUACAGCUCUGUCUCCCAGCUUCCUGGCCCAGUGCUGGCCCCGCCUCCAGCUGCUCCUCUGGGCCCCGCCCCCUCCACCCACUACCCUUUCCAAAGUUGUGGUCUCAGGGGUCUAGGGACUGAAGCAGGCAGGUGCUUUUCUUCUCUAGAAAGUCCAUGGGCACCCACAAGGUGAAAAGCUAUGGUUCCUAGCCCUGGAUGGCCGGGAGUGACAAAUGUCCUGCUGACCAGAGAGAAGCAGAGGCAAAGGGUGCCACCAGCCCCCUUCAAGUGUCUUCCAAGUAGCCCUGGGGAGCUGCCUGGGGGUGGGGUGGUGGGUAGGCCUGCUCCCCACUGGUAUCUCAGGUGCAGGCCCCCAUGCCACAGCCCCUAGUUUCUCUGGGUCUCCGGGACCCCUACCUACCAUAGAGAGCCAACAGUGAAUGGCAAGGCCUGGGGCCAGUGUGGAGAUGAUUCCUCCCCACUUGCCUGGCACCUGCUGUGUGCAGCAUCUUGGCCUGCCCAGGAAAGGAUAUGCCUCACCCCACCCUGUCUCACCCCCUGGCUAGAGGGGCUCCCAUGUUUCCAUGGAAAUGGCCACAGUCCUCUUUCUGACCCACUCCCAAACACCAAUCAAAGCACAAACAGUGAGGUGCCCCUUUAAUGCCCUGGUCAGGGAGCAGGCCAGGUUCCUGGCCCCUCCCCUUCCCUAGCUAGUCUGUUGCCACGGCAACCCAGCGCCUGGCAGUUGGUGCCCAGAGCGACCAACUGACCAACCGUUGGGCUCUGGAGUUCUCUCAGUGUGGGUGGCAGCAGAGGGUGGUAAAGGAGGCCUGGCUAGACAGCAGCUUUCUCAAGAGCCAGUAGCUUCCGGGACAAACUCUGGAGGCUGUUCUGGAGUCCUGGGACUAGGAUAAGGCAUUGUCCUUUGCCUUGGAGCUGGCAGUGAGCCUGUGGGGCAUUAGGAUAGCUGUCUUGGGCAGUUGUGCCCCCCUGCCAUUAUGCUCUUUCACUUCUCAUUGAGAUAUGGAGAAGCCUUCUCGGCUCUGCCCCAAGCCUUCCAGAGACCCCUCACUCCUGUCACUCCUUUGGGCUUCUUGUGACGGGGAAGUGUGACUGUGGAGUGAGGGGGUGGCAUCUCACUUGACCUGUGAGGGCUCUGACCAGGAAAGCUAGGGCUAUCCUUGGGGGUGGGGUACAGGGAAGGAGUGGGGUGGGGAGACUUGACGGAAUGUCUCUAUCACAUCGACUUUGGGGUGGGCUGAGCCCAGGGCUCACUCAGGGGUGACAUUUGAAAAAAAAAGAAGAAGAAGAAAAACAGACUGGCCAACCUGGAUAUGAAGAGCAGAGCUCCCCCAGCCUCAAACCUGCCCUCACCCCACCCUACACCCACCACCCUGAGAACCAACAGGCAGGCCAAGAGAGGCCGGGGACGUGAGCAAGCAGACCCCUGUUAUCUUUGCAUGAUGAUUUUACUGUAUUUUUCUGAGCAAACAUCUGUCGUGUAUGUGCCAGUUUGUCCAGAGUCCCCAACCCCCACCCCCAACUCCCUCCAUGUGAUCCGAGCAGCUCUUGAAACCCAGGGAAAGGCCGCUCUGCAGAAGACUGCAAAACAGGUGCCACCAACGUAGCCCUGCCCAUACCCUCCUGCCAU